AUGUCUGCCAUUUUCAAUUUUCAGAGUUUGUUGACUGUAAUCUUGCUGCUUAUAUGUACCUGUGCUUAUAUCCGAUCCUUGGCACCCAGCCUCCUGGACAGAAAUAAAACUGGAUUGUUGGGCAUAUUUUGGAAGUGUGCCAGAAUUGGUGAACGAAAGAGUCCUUAUGUUGCAGUGUGCUGUAUAGUGAUAGCCUUCAGUAUCCUGUUCAUGCAAUAGCUUGGAACAAUGCCAGAAUUUAAUUGCCAUCAGAUUUCAAAAUGAAAAAGGACUUAUAUGCAGAAAAUAAUGG